UCACUGACUUAUAUAACACGAAACGACGACCUCCUCAAUGGAGUGGAGCUUUGGAGGUCCGCUGCUAGAUUCUGUUUGAAUUAGUAGAACAAUAACUCAUAAAAAACGGAGGUGUUUCACGUAAACCGUGCAGCGCCGUCCCAUUUUAUAGUAACUUGCUCGCUUAACGCACCACUGCGUGCAUUUUUUUGGCUUCAAGUGGGGCUUGACUUUCACAUUAAGAUCUAAACUGAGGAAGUGAAUUUGCUAUCAAAACUCUUCUCGUUAUAUUCGGUUUUCUUUUUGAUGUAAAACACGGGACUUUUCUCUUUCAGGGCUGCUACUUUACGCCAUCUAUGACCCCAGGCUCAGCUCUCCGUGUUCGAUUACGCCAAGUUUUUCUGGCUUGUCCAGUCACUUUACGUUUUGGCAGGUGGAUAAAACCCACGUGGACAUUAAACGUAAAGCAAUGAACUUUCUCCCUCACUAAAGUUAAAGACUAUUAUGACAGCUUGACUUGCAUGCUGAACUGUGGCACAUACUGUAUAUUAAAACAAACGCUAAGAGACAAUGUAAAAAACGACACUUAAACUGGAUCGCAAAGGCACGUCCUCACCGUCACCCUUAUCUCACAAUCUCGUCCUUUCCAGUUGUGCCCGCACUGGCUGGGUCACCUUGCCGCGCCCUCCUUAUUAAAAAGCAGCUCCGCAGCGGAGGCCUCGUUAAAGGAGCUGCAACAUGGAGAUGUUCAUUGCCAUCGCUUUGCUUUGCGUUGUUUUUCUGCUUUCGGCUCUUAUCCUGCUGUUUUUCGGAGUUCUUUACAGCGAGAUGACCAACUCGGAGAUCCCGCCGGGAGUGUCGCACGUCAACAGGCUGCACUUCAUCCACGGGGCGAACAUCGGGAUCGCAAUCUUGGGCAAAAUCUUGGAGAACUUCAGCCUUUGUGAACAGGUAAACUUUACACGCUAUUGUCGAGAACGACUACUAGUGCAGAAGAAGCCUGUGCCUCCAGAACUCCAUAUCAAGGACCUGCUGUUCUCCGAUGUGCCCGUCAGGGUGUACCUGCCCACCGCUCCAACCGCAGCCAAGCGCCGGGGACUGGUUUUCUUCCAUGGUGGAGGCUGGAUGUUUGGGAGCCUCGAUUCCUAUGAUCACAUUUGCCGGUAUGUCGCCAUUCAUUCGGAGACCGUCGUGGUGUCAGUUGCAUACCGCCUGUCACCUGAACACCGCUACCCAGUGCAGCUGGACGACUGCCAGGCGGCAACCCUUCACUUUCUGAAGGUGGCAGAAGCCGAUUAUGGCGUUGACCCAAGAAAAGUAGCUUUAGGGGGUGAUAGUGCCGGGGGCAACCUGGCUGCGGCAUUGUGUUACCGAGCAGCCAAGGAAGGUGCCAGACCCCAGCCUUGUGCGCAGAUCCUCAUCUAUCCCCUCUUGCAGAUGGCAGACUUCCAUUUGCCCUCUUACCAACAGAACAAGAUGGUGCCCAUGCUUUUCCGAGGCCGUACCAUCUUCUAUUGCCUCCAGUACCUGAAUGGGGACAUGACACUGAAUGAAGAGAUGCUGAACAGUGAUCACGUGCCUGUGGAGCUCAAACUACGGUACCGCAAGUGGCUGGGUCAUGAAAACUUACCUUCUGAGUGUAAAGCCCGUGGCUUUAGCCUAAAGGUGGCAUCAUCUCAUGAUGAGGAGGUUUAUGAUUUGCUCAAACAAGCCCUGGAACCUGAACUUUCUCCUCUGCUGGCUCCCGAUGACGUCGUCCGCAAGCUUCCACCCGCUUUCAUUCUGACCUGCGAAUACGACGUACUGAGGGAUGAUGGCAUCCUCUUCAAGAAGCGGCUCGAGGACCUGGGCGUCCCGGUCACGUGGCAUCACAUCAACGAUGGCUUCCAUGGCAUCCUUAAUUUUUUUGAUGGAGGACGGCUGAAUUUCCCUUCUGGAAAAAGGGCCAUUGACCACGUGGUGGACUUCCUUAGGACUUUGUGAUACGGAGGGAAGGAAGCCUUGAGUUUGUCUACCGUCUGAUGUGUCAAUAAAACAAUUCUGAUUCUUA